UAUCCAAGAAAUUGAUGCCAUGGAAUUUCUUCACGCCACUUCCAUCAUAUCUCAAUGGUCAAUGCUGUAUUAUUUUUCUUAUUUUUAGUUUGAACUUAACACCAUAUAUAUAAACGUUACUUUCCUAGUUAUAUGGAACAAAAAAAGCUGAGCCUUAGCUUCCAAAAUGGAGAAAUGGCUGUCACCUGCCGUUCUCUUCUUCCCCAUCUUGUUAACCGGUUUUCUUUUACAAUAUUCCGAUGCAUCGCCGCCGGAAUAUUCCCGCCCGCAUCCUCGGCGGCUCAUUUUCACACCUCAUGACCGCUCCGAGUCCGACCCUCAGCAGGUGCACAUAUCGUUGGCGGGGAAAGAUCAUAUGAGGGUUUCAUGGGUUACCUCCGAUAAACACGGGGAGUCUGUCGUGGAAUACGGUAAAGCUCCGGGGAGGUACGAUAAGUCGGCGACCGGAGACCGGACCUCGUACCGCUACUUCUUCUAUAGCUCAGGAGAAAUACACCACGUUACAAUCGGACCUUUGGAGCCAAGAACCACGUAUUUCUAUAGGUGCGGUGGAAGUGGGCCGGAGUUUAGCUUCAGAACCCCGCCGUCGAGUUUUCCAGUUGAAUUCGCCGUCGCCGGAGAUCUGGGUCAGACAGAGUGGACAAACUCAACCUUAGAACACGUAGGCGCGGCGGACUACGACGUUUUUUUGCUGCCGGGCGACCUGUCUUACGCCGAUACGCAGCAGCCGCUUUGGGACUCUUUCGGCCGCCUGGUGGAGCCCUACGCCAGCUCGCGGCCGUGGAUGGUGGCGGAAGGCAACCACGAGAUCGAAAUUUUUCCCAUAAUUUACCCCCACGGCUUCAAGGCCUACAACUCCAGGUGGCGAAUGCCGUACCAAGAAAGUGGGUCCACGUCCAACCUGUACUACUCCUUCGACGUGGCAGCCAUCCACGUCAUCAUGCUGGGAUCUUACGCGGACUUUGACUCCCAAUCUGAUCAGUACAAGUGGCUCCAAGCUGACUUGGCGAAUGUUGAUAGGUCCAGGACUCCCUGGAUCUUCGUCCUCCUCCACGCGCCAUGGUACAACUCCAAUUCUGCUCAUAAAGGAGAAGGGGAAAGCAUGAGGAAAUCCAUGGAAGAAUUGCUGUACAAUGCGCGUGUUGAUGCAGUCUUUGCUGGUCACGUCCAUGCUUACGAACGCUUUACUAGAGUUUUCAACAAUGAAGCUGAUCCGUGCGGUCCUGUAUACGUGACCAUUGGUGAUGGAGGAAACAGAGAAGGCCUCGCAAUGACGUUUGAGAGUCCAAGUCCGCCAAUAUCGGUGUUCCGGGAGCCAAGUUUUGGGCACGGUCGACUGAAAGUGUACAACCAAACGCAUGCACAUUGGUCGUGGCAUCGGAACGACGACGAUAACGCCGUCAAGGCGGAUGAAGUGUGGAUUCAAAGCUUAAGCUCGUCUAAAUCAUGCUUCCCGGGAGCUAUGCUAGGCAACUUCGUAAAAGAUGAACUCUAGAUCAGAUAUAUUAACUGAAGAAGCAAAACUCUCAAGGUAUAGGAAAAAUUUAUUUGUCACUUAGGGUCAAUUUGUGGGUUUCAUCUAAAGUACAUUUUCGGAUAGCAGAUGAGCACUUCCUUGUAAUCAAAAGAAUAAUUUAUUUGUAAAAUACAAUUUAUCAAAUUAUUUAUGUUUACUCAAAAUUUUCAUUUUUAA